UGUCAAAUUUUAACGACCAAAUCCAUUGCACAACAUUUCAACAAAAAACUUGUUUACAAAAUCGUACCAAUUUCUGUCAUAUCAAAAUAUCGUCGCAUGAUGAUAUGCAAGAUAUAAUCGCUAUUGCAAAAGCUCUCAAUUAUAACCGGAUAUUUCCAUGAGGCGGGCGUUUUGCGUGUUUGCCGCUCUCCAGAACGAUACCACUGUGCGAGCAGUUUCUAAGAUGAAAUUGAUGAGUAACUUUAAGGAGUGGAAGUUUAAAUAUCCACCGAAUUAUGCAGAGCUGCCUAUUGAUGAAAACCCGGCGUACAACGAGCCCGUAGCUGUUAAGAAUGCUGUGUUUUCUAAGGUACCAACUGAGCCUUUAACUGGCACCAUCCGUCUAGUCUGCGCAUCCGAGGAUGCCCUGAAAUACCUGUUUGACCUGGAUCCCAGUGUGGCUGAGUCUGAGGACUUUAUCAACUUUGUGGCUGGGAAAUACCAGCCCCCAGGAGGGCUGAGUGUUAGCCAUAGGUAUGGAGGUUACCAAUUCGGCUUCUGGGCCGAUCAAUUGGGUGAUGGCAGAGCCCAUGUUCUUGGUGAAUAUGUUAACGGCAAGGGUGAAAGCUGGCAACCCCAACUAAAGGGUUCCGGUGAGACCCCGUACUCGCGCUUUGGCGACGGCCGCGCUGUGCUACGAUCGAGUGUUCGCGAGAUGUUAGCGUCAGAGGCUAUGGUCGGACUUGGCGUGCCCACUACCCGAGCCGCUGCAUUGGUGGUGAGCGACGACCACAUGGUAUGGCGCGACAAGACGUACUCCGGACGAGCGAAGCAAGAGCGAGCAGCUGUAGUGAUGCGAGUGUGCCCUGCCUGGUACAGACUUGGAUCUUUUGAGAUACUCGAUAAGAGGAAGGAGCCUGACACUAUGAAGACACUUUUCGAGUUUAUUAUAAAGUAUCAUUUCCUGUCAAUAGAUAGUGAGGAUGAAGACAGAUUCGUCAAGUUCUACACAGAGGUCGCUCACAAGAAUUUAGACAUGGUGGCGGCUUGGCAAGGUGUAGGCUUCACUCACGGCGUCCUAAACACAGACAACAUCAGCAUACUAGGUGUGACCAUAGACUACGGCCCGUAUGGGUUCAUAGACCACUAUUACGGGAGCUACGUGCCUAACACAUCUGACGACCUCGGCCGCUAUGCUUUUGACAGACAACCUCAGAUCCUGCUGUGGAACUUGGAAAAAUUCGCUCUCGCGUUAGAACCCAUCCUUCCAGAGGAUCAGAAGCAGAAGAUUAAAGAAGUUCAAGCCACAUUAGAAGAGUACGUCAAGAGGAAAGUGCUGUCCACAUACCUUCUGAAACUGGGUCUGAAAGAAAUUCAAGAUGGCGACGGAGCUCUGAUAGAGGACUUCCUCAAUCUGAUGCAGGAUACCAUGGCGGACUUCACCUGCACUUUCCGACAGUUAGCUGAGGUCGACCUGAAGGAUUUAGAGGACGUCUCUAAGCUGGAAACCAGGUGGUCCCUCACCAAGAUCAGAGAAGGCAAAGGGUGGGGCAAGUGGGUGGAGAGGUACAGGCAGAGGAUCGAGAAAGAAAAUGUGAGUGAAGAAGAUCGUCGUUCACGUAUGACAGCCGUCAACCCGGUGUAUGUGCCGCGCAACUGGAUGAUGCAGGAAGCCAUCACAGACGCAGAAAACAACGACUUCACUAAGGUACGGUUUCUCCUGGAGUUGUUCAGAAGACCAUUCGAAGUGAACGCCGAGGCCGAGAAGCUGGGAUACACUUCCCAACCUCCCAGCUGGUCCUACGGCCUCAAACUGAGCUGCUCCAGCUAAACCUUGUUUUUACAUUCCCAUACUAAAAUGACAUGACCAUCCAGGACCGAAGAGUAUGGUCAAGAAUGUCAAGAUUGACGAGGAGAGCCGACUCCAAAUGAAAUGGGAUGUGGCUAGGCAGAGAGAGAGAGAUACUAAAAUGACAUUUGGAUUACCCCAAUUUGUCAAACCGAUAAUAUUGUGUGAUAAUAUUGUGUAAUAAUAUUGUUCAGUGGCGUAGCUAGGCGACGGUCCAUUUCGCUCAUGGCCUCGCGCUCCAAGGGGCGGCUCGCGCGAGGCCCUUUCGGGCACAGUGAAAGAAAAAGGUCUCGCAGAUGUGAUUUCGCUCACGGCUAGAUUAGUUCACGCUACGCCGCUGAUAUUGUUUUAUAAAUAGGAUAAUUGGGUCGUCAAUUAGCCAACUGAAAUGUCAUUUUAGUAUCAGCUAUAUGGAAACAUAAAAACAAUGGAAUAAGUAUAAUUUUCAUAAUAAAAUAUUUUUUAGGGAAGUUUGGGGACGGAUAGAGAAGUUAGGAUAUUUUAAAAGUAAAGUUACAAACAAGAACAGAAUCGUUAAAUAAGUAUGUAUAAAUAGUGUUUACCCUGUAUAGUUAUUUUGUAAUAUUUAAUAUUUGCAAUAACUUUUGUUGAUAUAAUUUGGGAAAGAAUCGCUCAUUAUAAAUAUGCUUUAUCUAUAUUUAAACUGAUGAAGU